CAAUAGAUUCAGAAGAUAAAGACGUUUCCUCACAUCCGGUGCUGCCUCUGGCGCCGGCGUUCUGCGCACCGGGGGGCGGGGAGGCCAGUGACGUCCGGUGAAAUCCAAGAUGGCUACGCUAGACUGACCCUGUUGCCGGUGACGGAAGUACUGCCUUCUCCCGCCUGACGCCCCUCAGAGGACCCUGCGCCGCUCCUGCCGCUGCGGCCAUGUCUGGGCCAGGCAACAAACGCGCCGCCGGCGACGGGGGCUCAGGGCCUCCGGAGAAGAAGUUGAGUCGUGAGGAGAAGACCACCACCACUCUUAUCGAGCCCAUUCGUCUGGGAGGCAUCUCUUCCACGGAGGAGAUGGACCUGAAGGUACUACAGUUCAAGAACAAGAAACUGGCAGAGCGGUUGGAACAGCGACAGGCUUGUGAAGAUGAACUCCGAGAACGAAUUGAGAAGCUGGAGAAGCGGCAGGCCACAGAUGAUGCCACACUCUUCAUUGUCAAUCGCUACUGGGCCCAGCUGGAUGAAACUGUGGAAGCCCUUCUCCGAUGCCAUGAGAGCCAGGGGGAGCUGUCUUCAGUGCCUGAGGCACCUGGGACCCAGGAGGGGCUAACAUGUGAUGGGACUCCUCUUCCAGAGCCAGGAACAUCAGAGUUGAGGGAGCCCUUGCCAAUGCAGCUGCGGCCCCCUCUCAGUGAGCCGGCCUUGGCUUUUGUGGUGGCACUGGGUGCCAGCAGCAGUGAGGAGGUGGAGCUGGAGCUGCAAGGCCGAAUGGAGUUCUCCAAGGCAGCUGUGUCCCGUGUGGUAGAGGCCUCAGACCGCCUACAGCGCCGGGUGGAGGAACUCUGUCAGCGAGUGUACAGCCGAGGGGACAGCGAGCCCCUCAGUGAGGCAGCUCGGGCACGCACCCGAGAGCUGGGCCGUGAGAACCGGCGGCUGCAGGAUUUGGCCACCCAGCUGCAGGAGAAGCAUCACCGCAUCUCAUUGGAGUACUCUGAGCUUCAGGAUAAAGUUACAUCGGCAGAGACCAAGGUGUUGGAGAUGGAGACGACAGUGGAGGACUUGCAGUGGGACAUCGAGAAGCUGCGGAAGCGAGAGCAAAAGCUCAAUAAGCACCUGGCUGAGGCUUUAGAGCAGCUUAACUCUGGCUAUUAUGUGUCUGGGAGCUCCUCAGGCUUCCAGGGGGGGCAGAUCACACUCAGCAUGCAGAAGUUUGAGAUGCUGAAUGCAGAGUUGGAGGAAAACCAAGAAUUGGCCAACAGCCGCAUGGCAGAGCUGGAGAAACUGCAGGCCGAACUUCAGGGGGCUGUGCGGACCAAUGAGCGCCUCAAGGUGGCUCUGCGGAGCCUUCCUGAGGAGGUGGUGCGGGAGACGACAGAGUACCGUGUCCUGCAGUCCCAGUUUUCACUGCUGUACAACGAAUCUCUGCAAGUGAAGACCCAGUUGGACGAGGCUCGGGGCCUGCUGCUGGCUACCAAGAACUCCCACCUGCGACACAUCGAGCACAUGGAGAGCGACGAGCUGGGGCUGCAGAAGAAGCUGCGCACAGAGGUCAUCCAGCUGGAGGACACACUGGCCCAGGUACGCAAGGAGUAUGAGAUGCUGCGCAUCGAGUUUGAGCAGAAUCUGGCGGCCAACGAGCAGGCGGGGCCCAUCAACCGUGAGAUGCGCCAUCUGAUUAGUAGUCUUCAAAACCACAACCACCAGCUAAAAGGGGAUGCCCAGCGAUACAAGCGGAAACUUCGAGAAGUACAAGCUGAGAUUGGCAAGCUCCGGGCCCAGCCCAGUGGCUCUACCCACUCCACCCCCAAUGUGGGCCACUCAGAGGACUCUGGCCUCAAUGCCCCAGCCCCAGGGAAAGAGGAGGGUGGGCCAGGCCCUGUCAGUAUCCCUGACAACAGAAAGGAGAUGGCUCCGAUGCCUGGUACCACCACUACUGCCUCCUCAGUGAAGAAGGAGGAGCUGGUCCCCUCUGAAGAGGAUGUCCAGGCCUUAACCCCUGGGGCCCAGGGUCCUUCCUUCCGGGGCAGAGAACCUGAGGCCAGGCCGAAGCGGGAGCUUCGGGAACGGGAGGGUCCCAGCCUGGGACCUCUACCUGUAGCUUCAGCUCUCUCAAGGGCCGAACGGGAGAAGGCCAAGGUGGAAGAGGCCAAGCGGAAGGAAUCAGAACUCCUCAAGGGUCUCCGAGCGGAGCUCAAGAAGGCCCAGGAGAGCCAGAAGGAGAUGAAAUUGCUGCUGGACAUGUACAAGUCUGCGCCCAAGGAGCAGCGGGAUAAGGUGCAGCUCAUGGCAGCGGAACGCAAGGCCAAGGCUGAGGUGGAUGAGCUGCGGAGCCGCAUCCGGGAACUGGAGGAGAGGGAUCGAAGGGAGAGCAAGAAGAUUGCUGACGAGGAUGCCCUGCGGCGCAUUCGGCAGGCAGAGGAGCAGAUAGAACACCUGCAGCGCAAGCUGGGUGCCACGAAGCAGGAGGAGGAGGCUCUGCUGUCAGAGAUGGAUGUGACAGGUCAGGCUUUUGAGGACAUGCAGGAACAGAACGGGCGGCUGCUACAGCAGUUGCGGGAGAAGGACGACGCUAACUUUAAGCUGAUGUCAGAGCGGAUCAAGGCCAACCAGAUUCACAAGCUGCUGCGGGAAGAGAAGGAUGAGCUGGGCGAGCAGGUCCUUGGCCUCAAGUCCCAGGUGGAUGCCCAGCUACUGACUGUGCAGAAGCUGGAGGAGAAGGAGAGGGCCUUGCAGGGCAGCCUUGGUGGUGUGGAGAAGGAGCUGACACUGCGCAGCCAAGCCCUAGAGCUCAACAAACGGAAGGCUGUGGAAGCCGCCCAGCUGGCUGAGGACCUGAAGGUGCAGCUGGAGCACGUGCAGACUCGGCUGCGGGAGAUCCAGCCCUGCCUGGCAGAGAGCCGAGCUGCUCGUGAGAAAGAGAGCUUCAACCUCAAGAGAGCUCAGGAGGACAUCUCACGGCUGCGGCGCAAGCUAGAGAAGCAGAGGAAGGUGGAGGUCUACGCAGAUGCCGACGAAAUCCUCCAGGAGGAGAUCAAGGAGUACAAGGGUUACGGGAGGAUGAGGUGCAGUCUCCUGUGUGGUGGGCUUGGCCUGGACUACUCCUGCUGUCAGCUUGGGGUCUGGGCACUGUCAGAGUUGUUCCCAAGCUGAUGCCUUUGCCUGGCCCAGGCGCGGUUGACCUGCCCCUGCUGUAACACCCGCAAGAAGGAUGCAGUCCUUACCAAGUGCUUCCACGUAUUCUGCUUCGAGUGUGUGCGGGGCCGCUAUGAGGCCCGGCAGAGGAAGUGCCCCAAGUGCAACGCGGCCUUUGGUGCCCACGACUUCCAUCGUAUCUACAUCAGCUGAACUGGGGACUCUGGAACACCUUGGACCCGGGGGCUGUGCCCCUAGCCCCUCCCCACCCCAGGUCUAGUGGUCCCACCCUCCAUUCCAGAGCCCAUGGGCCCAGCCCCUGCCCACCUAGUUGGUUUGGGGACCCUGGUGCAUGGUAGUGGGCGUAGCAUCAGCCAAGCUCUGUUCCAUCUUUUCCUAAAGGUCAGAGCUGCAGCCUAGGGGCACUGUCCUACAGGCAAGAUCUGCCUGAGAGGCUUGAGGAGCCCAGAGCACUCAACUGAGCUUCCCAGAAACUGGACCUAACCUGUCUCCAUGGAUGCAUCCUAGCCCCAAGGGAAAUUCCUCAGGCUGUGCUCUCCUACCCUAGAGAAGGCUUGCUCCUUGCCUACCAGCUCACAAGUGAGGACCGGUGGGCCAUGUCCGUAUUCCCUUGUUUAGAUUGGGCCACAGGCCCCAGGGAGACUUUCCUUCACCCAUCAUCUCCCUGACCUCGGCAGGGCUUCUGUCCUGUGGAGUUCCCUGGACAUCUUGGUCUGGCUCUUGUGCCAAGGGCUGAAGAGAGGUACCCUCCUGGCAAACGGCGGUAUCACUCGCUUCCUCUGUGAAGCUCUAAGGUUGCUGCAGUCACUGUCCUCAUCUUGCGGGUGCCGAACCAACAGCAUUAGUUUCUAUGCUAAUCAGGCCCCUUCCCAAUUUCCACUUCUCUCCAAGCCCAUUUAUUCCCACCUCAUGCACCCCAAGGCUCUACUGGGUCCCUGGACCUGACUCUGCUUUCAUCCUGUGGAGGUGGAACUUCCCAGGAGGGGAAGACAGUCCAGCCCCAGCCUCUGGGCCAACUUCCAGUCAUUCCAGGUAGAAGAGCUUCCCCUGACACCCUGUGACUGAGCCUGUGUCCUGUCUGCCUGCCCAGGCAUACUCCAUGGGCUAUGAAGGCAGCACCCAGAGAGGCCAGAGGGUUGGAGCUGCAGGGGCCUGUUUGGACCCACAGCCUCUGCUGUAUAGAUUCUUGUAUAGGCUGUUAAUUGUGAUGAAUAAACGUUCAACCCUCGGCUGCACCCAUAGUAGCUGGGCCUCGCAUCCC